CCUCCCUCCCGCCGCCGCAGCCGCACCGAGACACAAAAAGCGGCUGGGGCAGGGCUGGGCAGGGCCGGGCAGGGCCGCGCCGGCACCAUGACGGAGACCACCAAGACCCACGUUAUCCUCCUGGCCUGCGGCAGCUUCAACCCCAUCACCAAGGGGCACAUCCAGAUGUUCGAGAGAGCCCGGGAUUACCUGCACAAGACUGGACGCUUCAUCGUCAUUGGUGGCAUUGUCUCGCCCGUACAUGACUCCUAUGGGAAGACGGGUCUGGUCUCAAGCCGGCACCGCCUGACCAUGUGCCAACUGGCUGUCCAGUCCUCCGACUGGAUCAGGGUGGACCCCUGGGAGUGCUACCAGGACACCUGGCAGACCACCUGCAGCGUGCUGGAGCACCACCGUGACCUGAUGAAGAGAGUGACUGGCUGCAUCCUCUCCAAUGUCAACACCCCCUCCAUCACCCCUGUGAUCGGCCAGCCCCAGAAUGAGUCCUCGCAGACCAUCUACCAGAACAACAACAACGUCUCCAACAAGCCCACUGCAGCAAAGAUCCUGGGGAAGGUGGGAGAAAGCCUGAGUCGGAUUUGCUGCGUUCGCCCACCGAUGGAGCGCUUCACUUUUGUGGAUGAGAAUGCCAACUUGGGGACAGUGAUGAGAUAUGAGGAGAUCGAGCUUCGCAUUUUACUGCUCUGUGGCAGCGACCUGCUGGAGUCCUUCUGCAUCCCUGGUCUCUGGAAUGAGGCGGAUAUGGAGGUGAUCGUUGGGGAGUUUGGGAUUGUGGUGGUGCCCCGGGAUGGAGCAGACCCCGACCGGAUCAUGAAUCAUUCCUCCAUACUCCGCAAGUACAAAAACAACAUCCUGGUGGUGAAGGAUGACUUGAACCACCCCAUGUCAGUUGUCAGCUCCACCAAAAGCAGACUGGCCCUGCAGCAUGGGGAUGGACAUGUCGUGGAUUACCUCUGCCAGCCUGUCAUUGACUACAUCCUCAAGAGCCAACUCUACAUCAAUGCCUCUGGCUAAGUGCCAGAGGCCUUGCAGCGAGACAGCCCUCGUGUCCCACCUGCCAACAGCUCUCCAUCACUCUUUUCUCUCUCUCUCUCUCGGUCUGUGUCUCCAUCUCUCUCCCUACCCCAUGGCCUCCUGCCCACGUCUGCCUCUCACCCCCGGUGCCAACGCUCUGUCAUGCAGCCAUAUCUAGGGAACUGCUGCACGGCCUGAGGGGAAUGGUUUGGUCUCUUUUUCCAGGGAACCACCCCCCAUCCUAUAUGCAGGGAGGGAGGACCAGUAGAAGAGCAAUGUGCUCAGUGCACUCGAGGGGAGGUGGCUCCAGCACCCCCCUCCCAGCAUGUCACUGGGAAAUGGUCCCCCAGUCCAUCCUCCCAGCAUGCUCAGGGCAGGGGUUUCCUCAUCUGCAUCACCUUGCAGUACUUAAGCUCAAUAAAUCUAGGUGGACUUCUUUUUCUUAAAUAGUUUUAGUGUGAGCCCUUUGGGCCUCUCAACAUGAUGACCAAACAUCCAGGCUGGCAGCAGGCAGUUGUAACCCAACUGACUUGAUGCCCCACAGCAGAUGGACCUCCUUAGGCCGGCAGUAGGACAACCCAGCUAACAAACUGCUCCUCAUGGCCCUGAAAAAUCACGGAGAGGGCAUUUCUGAAGGGGAGCAGAGGCCUUGGCAAGCAUUGCUGCCAAAGCAUUACUAGAGGGGAUGUCCUUGGCUUCAAGUGAACCCAACCCACCCUAAGCCACACCCUAGGCAAGUGAGUUGGGGUGAUGCUCUACUCUGACCUAGUGUCACAGGCGGCAGCCCACAGCACCUAGAAAGGGACCUCCCAUUUAAGAAACCAAGAAACAAGGGAGGAAAGCAGCAGGUGGGGACCCAAAGCCUCUGGUGAGAAUUUGCCCCAAACCUGGCUGAGCUUUGUGGGGGCUGGGUCCAUCCCCAUCCUCUAGCCUCCAGAUCUCCAUUUCUGUCUGUAAACUUCCCCCUCCCCUCUGCUCCUACCCUCUUCCUCUCCUUGAAGAGUUUAUUAAAUGCAUGAUACUUUCCCCCUCCCAAACUGGCUGUGGCUACUUUGCACAUCCCUUGGCACAUGCCAGGCUCCUGCUUUCCUGCCUGUGAUGUGUCCCCAAAAGCCAGGGAUGGAGCCUAGCAGAGAUGCUCACAUUAAAAGUGGGGUAAGUAACAUGAAGCAAAAGAAAGUUAUUUAAGUCCUGCAGAGAGAAGGGUUGCUGAAGCAGGCUGUUGUCCUGCUGAGCAUCCCUAGGGUGCAAGAACCCUGCACAGCCCCUGGGAAGGGUCACAGCCACAGGGAAGAAGGUGCAGUCCUCCUUUACUCCUCACUUUUUCCUCUCCCUUUCCUCCAUCUAACCUUGUAUCGCUUUGGGUAUAGCCCUGCUGCCUAUAGCUCCUGGGCAUCUGCCCACUCCCCACAAAUUUGGGCUAACUAGGCUCAGGCUAGAACCCCCAGCCAAGGCAUGACUGCUGUCUUUGUGGCUUUCCUAGGGCAUCACUGUGGCUAGCUUCUGGUCCCCAGCAAGGCACAGUAUUGUGUUGAGACACCUGAAGGCUGAGAGUCCUCCAGAGUAUUUCAGGGAAAGAUCCGAAAUUACCUUUUUUUUUCCCCCCCGUAAAUAUCUACGAAGGGUCACGAGCUGCUCACAUGGAAGCUCUAAAGAUGAGACAUUGCACUAAAUUUGGUGACCCGCUGAAUGCUGCUGGCACCUCUGUAACAGCAAGCAAUGUUGGACAAAACAAAACAGCAUACAGCCACAGGCACAGAGCAGCAGCUAACAACUUCUCAAGGACAGCCCUUCCCAGAAGGGAAAGCAAGAGAGACAGAAGCGAUGUGACUUGCCCAAAGGCCAGAAGAGGUCUUUCCUUGUCAGGGAUUUCCCUUCACAUGGGGAGGCUUGUUCAGGAACUGUCAUAAAUUCAGUAGCUACAUCCCUCAGUGCCAGCUCUGGUAUCCCCAGUGGUUGUGUAUGUAUCCCAUGGGGUGAGGAGAUACAGAGAUGCCAAAGUAGAGAGGGAGGUGAGAGCAUGUGGAACUCGGAGUGCAGGGAUGCCUCUUCUCCAAGGAGGCCUUCAGCCAGUUCAAGAUGCUCACCAACACUCUACUGAGCUCCCUUAGCUAACACGCUGGGCAGGUGCCUGUGGUAGGACAUCUCAUCCAUGAGACACACAAUGUACGUAAGCCAGGAGACUCCUCUCCACCCGUUGUUCUCAAGUGUUCAGUUUUUCAGUCUCUCUUCCCUCUCCACCCCAACACAGAAGUUAUUGUUUCAUAGCUCCAAGCCAGAGGAGAAAGAGCAGUGGUAGCAACCAGCCUCCAAAACACAAACACACACACACACACACACUUUAAGCUCCUGGAGGAGCGAUGCUACUUUGAAGGGGGAGGAAGGACAACGGGUUUUAACUGAGGAGGAGACAAAGGGAAAUAAAACAAAGGAGGUGGAGAAGGAAGGCAGGUGGCAUGUCCAAGAGCCAUCUCAGAUCCUCCCUCCCUCAGGUACGCGAGAUGGGACGCACAGGAAGCCAGCUGGCUUCCCAUCCCAUCACGGUUAGGACAGCAUGCCUUAGAGAUGUAGCGUUGUGGUAUGGAUGACGAGUAUAUUCUGUCUUACUAGUCUUACCUGCGCCUUUGUGUAUCCAUUCAGUAAAACUCACAGUACAGGGGGGUGGGAUGGGGGGUUUGUAACAGGUCAUUAAGCUCUGGGACAGGUUUGGAAAAAGUUUUUGGGUGGGUAUGGGGAAAAAAGGAAAAAUCAUCCCUGAAGAUCCAUGCGACCACCAGGGAGGUGAGGACACAGGUUUCCAGGGUGCAGGGGAGGGGUGGGAAGAAGCUCGUGGGUUUCGGUCUUUGAACCUCCACUUUUAAACAGUGCAAUUUGCUGAAAGAGAAAUGAACUUCAAACGCCUUUUGGAGAAAAGAAGAAUACGGGGGGAGGUAAAGGGGUUGAAGUUGCCAUGCCACCGAUUUCACCUUUGUCAAAAGUUUUGGAGCCUAAUUUUUUUUCUUCUGUUGCUAUAUGAAAAAAACAGUCAUUGACAAAAAAACUUUAUCAGCAAAAUGUUUAAAUUAUGUAAUAAACAAAACAAAACAAA